AUGUUGACGUUUUUAACUUAUCAUUAUUCUAAAUUUAAUCUGAACCAUGACAAUCUUUUUCCGAAAGUCAAAUAUGCUGGAAAUGUAACGAUCACUGAUAAUGAUUAUUGGCGUCAAUACAGAAUUUGUUUUCCUCCAUUCAAUUGGUCAAAGCCAAAUGGCCUUACAAAAGAAACAGAGAAACUCUUUUGGAGUCAACCCGAAAAUUGGCGCCAUUUUAAAGACACAAAUAGUUCAAAUCAUUGCGGCGUAGUUAGAAUAGUCGUCAAUGGAAUCGUUAGCAAUCCAUUUCCACAUCUUACUAAUCAAACACAUUUCAAAAAUGCCAUUUUCCCUCCAAAAAAAUCAUCAAAUACUGAUUAUAAUCAAUUGAUUGUUUUAAUUGGACAUUGGGGUUACUAUUUUCAACAUUUCUUCGACAACAUUGGCCCUCAGAUCAGCAUGAUUCGCCAUAUUCUUGGCGAAGAUACAAUAAAUUACCCUGUUGCUGUUGAAACGAGUAAUUUAUUCCCAGUUGUCGAUACUCUAUGGGAACGAUUACCAUUUGACCGAAUCAUAAAAACGUCACAGGGCAGCAUUCUGUCCGCAGAUCAGCUAAUUUACAUAGAAUCAUGUCCAAUGGUUCACCCUGUAUUCUUUAAGGAUCUUAGGGAGAUGUUAAAUAUACCAGAGAACGAUGUAGAAUACGUAAUAUACUGCCAAAGAAAGAAAACUACAUCAUAUUAUAACCAAAGAUUCAUUUUGAACGAAGAAGCUGUACAUAAAAUGCUUAAAAAGAUGUAUGGAUCCAAACUAAUAACGUUUGACCACAAAAGAUAUAACUUAGAACAAACAAUUGAGUUAUUUUCCAAAGCGAAACUGAUCAUUGGCCCUCAUGGAGGCGCUCUUUAUAACCAGUUCUAUGCAAACACCAAAACUGUUGUAGUUGAGAUAAUGCCAGUGAAGUCAAACGGACUUUAUCCAGAUCAAUCUUCUUUUAAGGAAGUUCCUUCUUUCGCACAUAUGUCUAUUUGGUCAAAUACACAGCUAAUUGGUCAAAAGUUCUACAGAUAUUAUUCAGUAACAGAUACUUCAAAUUUCAAAAUUAAUAUUACAGAUUUUAGACAAUUUUUGAGAAAGGUUAACAAAGAGAUAGAAGAUAAUGAGAACAAACUCGAAGAACUGUAA